UCAUAAUCAAGUGUUACAAUGGGCACAUACAGAAAUUAUAUGAAAUUGUUAGAAUCUUGGCCACUGGAUAAAUCAAAAGCUGGGAGGUUAGAAUCUUCGUCUUAAUUUUUCGUUAAGUGAUCUAGGCCAACAUAUUCGUGAUCAAUUAAAGAUUGCAUUUGCAAGAGGUGAAACAACUGAUCCAGCAGAUCGUGAGUUAUGCGACCGUUAUUAUAAGAGUUUGAAGAGAAUUUGUUCUAAUUACUAUGGCCAGAAGUAUGUUCGUACUCGCACAAGUACUGCCAGUGGGUUAGAAAGAGAACAUUGUAAUUUGGCGCUUAGUCCUGAAAUGUUAGAAUAUUUUGAAGAACGAAAUAAAAAUAUUUUGUCACGUACAAUUUCGAGAGUUGCAGAAUAUUACCAUGCUAGGAAACUUAAUCAGUAAUGCAUGUUGCAUUUGUACCAAAAGAAAUUAUUAUAUGAAACAUCUUAGUAAAAAUGUAUAUUAUUUACUUAAAAAUCACCAUAAUGAAGUACUUUGGACAGAUAUUAAAAGAUAUAGUCAAGUAACAAAUGAAAGCGAUGAAAUCAUUAAGAAUGCGCCACAUAUACCAGUUAUGCUUAAUGAGGUGUUACAGUAUUUAGAACCAUCUCCAGGUAAAAUUUACGUUGACAUGACAUUUGGUUCUGGUGGACAUACUAGCAAAAUAUUAGAAUUGUCGCCUGAAGUAAAAGUAUUUGCAUUAGAUAGAGAUCCAGUUGCACAUGAAUUUGCACAAGAAUUAUCAAAAAAAUAUCCUGGACAAUUAAUACCACUAUUAGGAAGGUUUUCUGAAUUACCGGAACUGCUUUGUGAAUAUAAAGUGGAAACAAAUAGUAUAGAUGGGUUUUUAUUUGAUUUUGGAUGUUCUUCAAUGCAAUUCGAUGUUGCUGAAAGAGGAUUUUCUCUGGCAAAAAAUGGGCCAUUGGAUAUGAGAAUGGAUGGUUUCAGAUGUCCUCUCGAACCUACAGCAGCUGAGGUUUUACAACAAAUAUCAGAAAAAGAUUUAACUGAUGUGUUGAGAAUUUAUGGUGAAGAGAAGCAAGCUAAGAAAAUUGCAAAUGCCAUUAUUAAUGCUCGAUAUAGCUUUCGAAGUUUAAAAACUACUCAUGAAUUAGCUCAACUUAUUGACUCUAUUAUACUUAAGAAAAGACACGACAAACUUGGUAAAUAUGCUCAUGUUGCUACAAAAACAUUUCAAGCACUUAGAAUUUUUGUAAAUAAUGAAUUAAAUGAAAUUAAUUAUGGCAUUAUUCUUGCUGGAUCAUAUUUAAAAACCAAUGGUCGCCUAGUAACAAUAUCUUUCCAUUCUUUGGAGGAUACAAUAGUUAAAAGACAUAUUACUGCAAAUAUAAGCGAAAAUGUUGCCAAUAGAUUACCAUUAAAGUACAUAAAUUAUGGUAAAUCCUAUGAUUCAUUUGAAAUGGAAUCUUUUAAUAAAACUCCAUGGAAAAUGUUACAUAAGCAUGUGAUAACACCAACACCAGAGGAAAUAGAUGCAAAUCCAAGAUCACGUUCAGCAAAGUUUAGAGCAAUUGUUAAAGUAGACUAAAAUCAUUGUUAUUUUUAACAUUGAAAAUGUAAAUAAAAUUUGUAAAUGUUUUUUGACUUUGUAUUUUAGUGUAAAAGUACAUUUGAGUAUACAGUGCAUUCUAUUGUAUGUAAUGUGUAUCAUGUGUAACAAAAAUAAAAUAUUUCAACUAAACAAAACUGUAAUAAUCAUUUAUAAUUAAAAUGGGUAUUUCAACUGUGACAGAUAUAUUGAUAUGGGAAUGUUU